AUGGUGUCCGAGCAGCAUAUUUACGAAGAUUUUGUAACGAUAUUCGAUGAACUUGAUUCAACGAGCAAAGGCUACAUAACUUUGCCGGAGUUAAUUGAAAAAAUCAAGCGGUUCGGGUACAGGGAAAGUGAUGCCGUGAUGAAAGAUAUUUUUGAGCAAGCUGAUACGUCACGGGAUGGAAAGUUAACUCAGGAAGAAUUUGUUAAUGCAAUUAGGAUAUGCCCUCCCGAAAUGCAUAGAAUGAAUGUUGCUAAAAAAUCAACAUCAAAAUCACAAAGAUUUAAUGGAAAUAUGAUAACAAGCACACAUGGAUUAGAAACUAUUAUUAAUGAUCUUACAACUGAAGAACUUGAGGAUGUGAUAAUUUGUGAUUCUCCACCUCCGUUGAUAAGCAAUGGAUCUGCUCUCGAUCAUGGUACUGAAAGGGUCAAUGGUGGAACAAAACGAUCCAUCGAGUCAAGUCCAAAUAAUAAUGCAAAACGAUUAAAGGCAAACCACAUAGAAGAGCUUCCAGUGAAAAAUAGUUUAAAUUUACAAGUUUAUAGAACAAAGAGAUUACAGUCUAUCAUUCAAAAAGAAUUGAAAAGUGAGCUGGCAAGGUUACAAGAAAACUUGAAUGCCAAAUAUGCAAAGGAAAUUUUAGAUCUUAGAAUGACUGUUAAUUUUUGGAAACGGAAAUCCCAAGAAUUAAAGCAAGAACUAUUUGCAUUACACAAAGAAAUGAAAGUUGAGGGUUGUGAAAGUGCCUCAUUACUAUCAAAAUCUCCAGCAACAUCAGCGCAUGUGAUACCAACAAAGGCGGAUGAUAGCACUGGUGUGAAAAAUCGAUCGCCUUGCUUCCUUCCACCUGCCAGUGCUAAUGCUGUGUUAUCUUUACAUCUAAAAAAUCUUCACAAGUCUAGUAACAAUGCAAAUGGUUCAGUUGUUACAAGCAGUUGCUCUGGGAAUUAUGCUACAUCUCAAAAGUCUGCUGCACCUUCUCCAAAAAUUUCUGCAAUCGACAACAAUGCUGAUAAUGCAAAAACAGUUAUAGAUCUCACUGAUGAUAUUGACGAUACAAGUGAUCGCACUAACAUCACUAACAAGCAUAAAAUAGAUGACAGAGUCACACCAAUGAAUAUUCUUGUUGUCAAUAAGCAUAAUAAAAUUGAUAAUUUGUGUAAAGUUAAUGGCAAUCUUAUCACUGAGGCAGCUCCACAUCACAUGUUCAACACUAAAGCAAGCAAUAGUUCUCUUUCUUCAAUACUUGUGGAGCCUUUGCCACCCCCUCUGCCUAAAAAUCAGCCUGCACCUCCGGGUGCCAAAAAUUUACCCUCAAGACCAAUUCUUGAGUACAACAUGAAAGCCAGUGAAAUAGAAUUGAAGUGGACGUGUGACUCAAACCAGCAGAAUGAAGAGGCAGUGUCAUAUCAUUUAUUUUCCUGUCAUAACAAACUGCCAUGGAAAAGGGUGGGAACCAUUUCAGCCAUGCCACUGCCAAUGGCAUGCCUCAUUGAAAAAUCAAAAGUCAACAGACAGAUGUACUUUCUGCUGAGAGGUGUUGACAAGCAUGGUCGUGUCGGACCUUUCAGUGAUGUCAUCAACAUAAACCAAGAUGACAACACGUGA